AAAGUUCUAUCAAAUUGCUGUGCGAAAAAAAAAGUGAAAAAAUUUAUUAAUUCAAUUUUUCUUGUGAUUCUAGUGUCAAUUUUUAUUAUAAACUUUAAAAUGAAUUAAUAUUUUGUUAAUGCAAUUGCAGUUUAGCAAAUUUAGUUAACUUAAAUAUACUCCAAAACCCUCCAGUUAACGAACCCCAACUAUAUUCAACAUGCGUACCAACAAUCCUCAAUCUACCUCAGUUACCAGCAUUUCGUCAUCAUACGAGAACAAUGAAACCUUCAACUCCAGACUUAUUAACGAAUAUCACAGAAAUCCAUUCCGAUGUUCCUUCAAUUGUAGAAAAAUCAAACUUUACAGCAUUACAGAAUGCAACUUAGCUCGAUUCUUUCCAAUUUUGACAGCAAAUGAGGACAGAUCAGCGGAAAUAAGCUUCGUCCUUAAGAAAUUCAAGCUUUGGAGUGACGAGAACUUUUGGCAUCGUACAGAGAUCCAGCAGGCAAUGAGAUUUUAUUCAAAAGCACAUGAGAGGUUCCGGGAAUGUAAAUUGAAGAAUUUUUUCAGCAUUUUAAUGCACGACUGGUUCGAAGCAAGUCAAAGUCGAGGACCACACUUCCUCAAACUCAAAUUUGACAUUUUUGCAAAGUCAUCGAACAUCAAUCUGUUCCAAAAGCUGUAUGAAAUUAUUAAUGAUGAGAGUCUAUAUCCAUACCAUCAUGUGUGCCUUAUGAUCAUCUAUCACUACAUGUAUGAGGUGGAGAAGCUCGAGGGUGAAUGGAGUGAAGAGUUUCAAAUUAACAGACUUGGUUCCAUCGAUGACAUUUUGAACUUUAAAGUCAGAAAUUUUGACUAUCAAAUUGAGAUUCUUAAGAUUCUUGUGGUUCAUUGGAAUGUCGAUUAUUGGCGCAUUACUUUUCAUCUGACUAGUUCCAAUGACAAGAAGAAUUUGUAUGAAAAUUAUAAAAUUGCAAUUUUGAACAUUUUUGCGCAUAAGUUUCAUGAAAAUUUGUCACAAAUUAAGACAAUCUACACGUGGCCGAGGAACUUUAAGCUUGAAUGUGACAAAUUCUUCUUCAGACUCGCGUUCAGCCUUAAAGAGAUGCUGCCUAAGAAAUUCGAGUCGGAAUUUGAAAGAUAUGUGAAGUUCUAUCAGGAUGGGUACGGAGAAUAUUGGAAGGUUGCGAUCAAAGCUGAUGUUCAUUUGUUGCUUAGAAUUGCGGAUGGUUUGGAGCUUUACAAAACUGUGGAAUUCAUGUUCAAGCAAUGUCCAUUUAUUGCAUUAAAUUGGAAUAUUUUGAUGAGUUAUGAGGAUGUUGGGGAGUUUUAUGAAGUGAUGAAUGAGCCGACAAGGGAAGCUGACAGAAGGAAAAUGCUCAUAAUCCGUCGAGAGUUCAAGAAAAUUGACGAAGCUCUCAGCCAAAACAUCAAAACAAUCCAACAAGACAAUGAAAUAUUCGCAAGUGCCGAAAGUCUCAGUAAGUCUCCAUCCAGACGAAGCUUUUACUAUGAAGACGAACGAUUCUUAUCCAACAGUCAAUCAUUUGAUGAAUAUGAGACAGCAGACAGCACGGAAGUUGACAUUGAGUUGAGAAAUUUUGAAAGUUUAAACAGAUGUGAAUUGAAAAUUCGAGAAAAUUUGAACAUUGCGUCGAAAAUGAAGACAAAGAUAUUGAAGAAGUAUUUUAGGAAUAUCAGAAAUGAUCGAAAGUUGAUGUUUGGCAGACGAAGUGCAUUUGAAUUGAGCUUUUUUGAGGAACUGUUGCUGACUUCGCGUGGAAGUUCAUUUGUGAAUUUUGCGUGGAGUGAGUUUAAGUUGUGGAAGAUACCGGAGCUGUUGACUUUGAAAAAUCCACUCGGUCGCCACCUCCUCGAAUACGUGAUCGACUCAAAAGACGACCUUAACCUCAUGACAUUCCUACUACCUCAAGUGAACCACAAAGCUGAAUUCACAAGACACAAGAACUACAUGAAGAUCCAAAACAAUCUUUAUGAUGAAGUCACAGGAAAGACCCUCCUUGAGUUCUACUUAGAAGUAGCUAUGGACGACCGAAGCUCAGAAUUUGAUCAAGAUGACUAUCAGGUGCUCUUAUGUCGUCAUGUGAUCCACUUACUUGAAGAAAUUGGAACAAUCAAUAAAGUACAAAAGGAUUCGCUUAUUGACAGACUCAUUGACUUAGCUGAAGAUGACAAUUUCUAUGAGAAAAUCGUUCGACCAGACAGUGACUUUAAGAUUCCAUCUAAAAAUGACAGACGUAAGGAAAAGUUUCACAUUGAUGACCUUCUUGGUCGAAUGAUUGUCUACUGGAAGCCAAAUCAAGACGAGAAAAUAAAGAACAACUUCUAUCCGAUCUACAAACGCCGCCUCAUCCGAAUCAGUCCAUUUUUCGAACUUUUAUUCAACAUAGUUGAGCAUCGAUCGAAGUCCUUCAAGAAUAGUUUCCGAUCAAAGAUCCACAAACUCGAGCAGAUGUACGAUCGACGGUACGCAGAUAUUGCCAAUUCCGAGUAUCACACAUCAUCAUUCACAUUCGUCUUACUUUUGGCAGCUAUCCAAACCAAUCAAAGAAAUGUCAUUGACUUCAUCUUCGAUCAAGACAUUUUCGAGACAAUCAAAUUUGAUUUCCCAAGCAAUAUGAAAAUUAGUGAGAUUCACUAUUAUACAGCAUUAAUGUUGCUUAAACAUGGCCAUGAACUUGGUAAAGAUGUAAUUCCUGAGGAAUGGAUAACACCAGCUGUGCUGUAUGAAUACUUUGAUUCUCAGAUCAGAUAUUUUAAUCAGGAUUUGAUUGAGAUUAACUGCUGUGGAAUGCUGCAUUCGGAGACUAGGAAGACGGUGGUUAAAUGUGCUAAUGAUUUGACUGAGAAGAUGAUGCUUUGGGACGAUGACAGAACCCUCGAAUACAUACUCAACCAUAAAGCAAUAAGUGGUAUCAUUACCCAUCCAGUCAUCUCAACAUUCAUCGAACUUAAAUAUGCAAAACAUAAAAUGAUAUUCCGAAUGAACUUUUGGUUCUUUGUGAUACUUUUCGUCCUGCCAUUUUCUCUUUUUAUAUUUUAUGAUCGUGAUGAGAUUUCAUGGAAACUAUAUGGAGUCUGUAUUGCAGCUAUUGUCACAUUUGUGGCAAAGGAAAUUUUCCAGUUCCAAAUUGCGAGAAGUCCACAUGCUUACCUGAAAGAUUUAACAAAUAAAAUUGACAUUCCAUUAGUGAUUUUAUCUGUUGUUUUGCUGACAUCUUUUGCAUUCAAUUGGGAUGCAGAGAUUCAAGCAUUGUUGGAAGUUCUCUUUAUAUUCUUCAUGACAUGGGAUGCAAUGACAAUGCUACCAAUCGAGGCUGUAGCAAGAACAUUAAACAUCAUCAAAAAAGUCAUCAUGACAUUCGUAAGGGUUUUCUGCAGUUUUGCAUUGAUCAUCCUCGCAUUUGCAUUCUCAUUCCGGAUACUUUUUGGAAGUGAUGAGCUUGAAAGAUCAGUUAAAGCAAGAAACAUGACACUUAACGAGGAAGAUCCACCGAUUGUGAUUGAAAGAGAACCAAAUAUGAAGAACUUUGAGGGGUUUUACACGACGUUUAUUAAAGUUCUUGUUAUGAUGGCUGGUGAGUAUGCAAUCGAACCUAGCACUCUUCGGUGGUACCAACUUAUUCUGUUCGGGAUCUUCGUGGUGUUCUCAUUCAUCUUGUUCAACUUACUUCUUGGUAUGUCCAUCGAAGACAUUCAGAAUCUCAGAGAAGAUGCCCUUCAACGAGAUUUGGAGAGAAAAGCUAGAAAAUUUAUUGAAACGAAUGACAAAUUUGAAGAGAUUUAUGCUGAAAGGACAUUCACAAAGUCCCCAAAAAUCAGCCUCAGCAACAGAUUCGUCUACAAACUCACAAAAUUUUUCCUAUCCGAAUACAUUUUCCUGCACAAUUUCCACAAGCUUUACGUCAACAUUCGCACGAGAGAAGUCACAGUCAUUGUCAAUGCAAAACAUGAGAAAAUCAUGAAACGACGAAUUAUGUGCUUAAGUCGAAGGUUCUACUUAAAUAAUGAGAUAUAUGAUAAAAUUGAGGAUAUUAUAAGCCUGAGAGAUCAGGAGAAUUGCUUGAAUAUUAUUAAAAGAAGUCAGCAUUAUUAGUGAUAAGAUGUGCAAUAUUAAAUGAUAUUUUUUGGGGUUAGGGUGAAGAUGUUGGGUGAUAUUGAAGCAAUUAUUGAUAAAUUGGCACCUGUUAGUAGAUUAGAAUAAUUUUUCGCUAAUAAAUGAGACACAUGAGAAGGGUCUGGAUGGGGUUGGGUACCCUAGGAGGUCCAAACCUCUAUCAGAGUAAAUGGCCAACACGAUCCUCAUCCUUAAGACAUUUCAAUUGCCAUAAUUAAAUGAGACCUGUAAUAAAAAGUAUUUAAAAAAAAUCUAUGAAAUUUAGUCACAAAUGCACUGAAAACAAUUACAAAAAAUUUGAAAAAAUUGUAAAAAAAUAAAGUUCGAAUAAAAUGCACA